AUGCCGCUCAUCAAUGAAUCCCAUGAUUCGCUUCCCUACGUGGACGCCCAACCCUCAGCAUCUGCCUACUCCCGGGCACAGCAGCUUAUCAACGCUGAGCUGUCCCCCGACCAUGCCUCAUCAACUCACCCUCUCAUCCCCGAAGCCCCCGAGCCUCGAUUCUCGCCCCUGAUCCAACAAGAACUCGAGCGCAAGGCGACCGGCGCAUCGCUCACAGGCGGAAUCGACCUAUCUCGCUACGAAGCCCCAGAAGCCCCAACUCGCGCAUCCGACAGCGAACCCCCCAAUCUCGCCGAAUGGCGACAGACACUGCAGAAGGCUUACGUGUCGAGCUCGCAUCUGACCAAGCGACACGAGAAUCUGGCCCUACUGGAAGAGAACGGCAAGAAUGCCUGGCUGAUCGGCAACGCGCAAUUGGAAGAUAUCCUGCGCGGGCUGGAGAAGGAAUUGGCCGAGACCAAGGAUGCCGCUGAGGAGGUCAACAAGCAGCGGAAGAUCGCCCAGGAGACGAGGCAGGGCGAGCUAGUUGGGCUGGAGGAUACCUGGAAGCGUGGAGUGGGUGCGAUUCUCGACGUCGAACUGGCAUCGGAGGGUCUGCGCAUGCAGAUCCUGGAACAUAGGCGCCAAGUGGCUCAGCAACAGCUGCGGUAA